ACUAGAGUCCCCACUAGAGAGUUUCCGUAUGGACGUCAUUUCCGGGGCGGUGCUUUGUACAACGUGGGUUCUCGUGUGCUGCAAGGAAAAUAAAAUGGCUAAAAGUCUAAGAAGCAAAUGGAAGAGGAAAAUGAGGGCAGAGAAGAGGAAGAAGAAUGCUCCGAAGGAACUUGCCCGCCUAAAAAAUGUUGUGGCAAAAGCAAACACAGAUGCGUUGAUGGAUGACAUAAAAGAAAUAGCAACUGUUGUAACGUCUAAAAAAUUGAAGGAUGAAAAUAAAAUGGAUCUUGAUGCAAUAGAAGGUGCCUCCACCAUGAAAAUGGACACCGAUCUAAAACGUAACAAGAAGAGCCUACUAGACCAGCACGGCCAAUAUCCUGAAUGGAUGAAUCAGAGACAAAGAAAGAAACUUAAGACCGUGCGUACUAAAAAGAAGGGAAAGUCAAAACAGCCAAAAGGACUGGCGUGGUAGAAAACUAGUGUGUGCUUCCUUUGUAUUUUCUCGCUUUUUUUUUUAUUUUGUUUUGUGGAUAGGAAACAUUUUAAUAUAAUAUUUUUUUUUUUUUUAUCUUUGUGAACAUUCUUUCCUUCUAGUUCUACUACAGAUUGUUUCACAUGAGUUUAUAUAGAUUAAUUGUGGCAGUGGCCCAACACACUUGGAUAUCAUGGCAAUCGGGAGAAUGGAUCCUCGAACUGGCAGAAAAAAUGCUCUAAAAUGUUUUUUUUUUUUUUGUAUACAAUUAUUUUAGGUCCUUAAGUCAUGCUAUGAUUAUAGCCAAGAUUAAAAAAAAUAUGUUUUUAUUGUGUUGGUUCAGAUACCAAAAAACAUGUGUUAACUCUUGUUGCAUUUCUAUGAUCAAAAUAUGUAUUUUUUAAAAGGUUGAACUAUAUAAAGUAUAUUGUACCAUUUUUUUGUUUUUUUGGCUUUAUUACUAUUUGUUCUAAGGAAGCCUUCAUGCUUCUCCAUUUUUGUAUGUGUUGCAGUGCUGUGCAUUUUAUACACAGUGCAGUUUCUCCUGUUCAUUCACCCAGUAAGAAUAACCCCUAUGGCCCAUAUCACACAAGUGAUUCUGUCACUGGUGACAACUAACAGGUCAAAUGUUACUACGCUUAGGCAGACUAGCAAGAUGUUCUGGGCCAGCAAAGGAGUAAUUCUAAUUAAUUCUAAAUAAGGGGAAGUCUGAAUCCACCAGGUGCCUGGACGGUUGACAGUGUCAGCCUCUCAGCGGGCCGCUGAGACAGCUGACCCUCCACAGCUCAUCGCUCCAAUGAGCGUUGAUAAGCAGAGUGGGAGAGAUGCUGAUUGACAGUCAGAAGCUCUCCUCUCAGAGAACCGAGCCAUCUGCGAUGUUUGAUGGCUCGGUUCCCAGUGCAGAAUCGCAGAGGGACAGAUGGAGCAUCGGAAAGUAUGAUUAGGGGAAAAAAGCUUUAAUAGUCCAAGUCUAUUUUUACACACCAGCAUAUAUGUAGUGUUAUUGAACCAAAGCUACUUGUGUUUCAGUACUAAAAUCAUGUUUUGCUGCUUUUUAUUUCCUUAUGUAUUGUAAUUGAAAAAGUUAGCAUUUGGAAGGCUGUAUUAGACUUCUCCACAAAUUAACAGACUAUAAUAAAGCUGAACUCUGAGCAAAUCACUAAAUCCACAA